AUGCGCUCAGCUUUCAAGAACGAGCACUCAUUUGAGAAGCGCAAGGCCGAGGCGGAGCGUAUUCGUCAAAAGUACCCUGAUCGCAUCCCUGUCAUCUGCGAAAAGGCGGAUCGCACCGAUAUCCCAACGAUUGACAAGAAGAAGUAUCUUGUGCCCUCAGAUCUAACCGUGGGCCAGUUUGUCUACGUCAUUCGCAAGCGAAUCAAGCUCGCACCCGAAAAGGCCAUCUUCAUCUUUGUCGACGAAGUCCUGCCUGCCACCGCAGCACUCAUGUCAGCCAUCUACGAAGAGCACAAAGACGAGGAUGGCUUCUUGUACGUCUCCUACUCUGGCGAGAACACUUUUGGCGAUCUUUGA